AUGUUAGUCACUGAGACCAACGAUUCCGGUGUUGAAGUCACUUACCACGACACAGACCUUAACAGCUACAACACCAGCUCACCAGCCAGUUUUACCCCAGGUCCAACAAAACCAUUACACCUCCGACUCAAUCUCGAUACCACUCUACCUCCUGAAAGUAGGGUAUCCCCAUUCUUCCAAACUUUACCCGAAGUCAACGCACCCUACAGUGUGACUAUAGAUGCUGACACCUUACAGGCGGAAUAUCGAUACGCUAUCGAGAGGGAUCCAGAGUUAUCAAAUGUAAAUUUCACGUCUGCCAUUUUUAACAGUGACAUCAAAUUGGAUAUCUCUUCACCUUCUACAACGUUCAAUCAAGGUAGAAUUCGUGGAUCUGCAAUGACAAGUGAGGUUCCCUACUUCCAGGUUGUACGAUCUAUCAAUAUCGCCGAUCUCGUAAAAAAAUAA